AUGAUUGCCCUCAUAAUAGCCCUCCUCUCCGGGACGCCGUCCCUCGCGUCCCGAGACACAUUCUAUCCGCCCCUCAACCAUACAACCUUCAUCACCAAUGCCUCUCUCGGCACGUACGGCGGCAUCUAUAACGCGCCGGCCGACGCGACCAGCCCCAUAGGUGAUGUAUACAACUACUGCAGUAUGCCCCACCCGAACGAAGAUACAUACUCCCUGCCGCCUCCCGUCGCCAACCACUCCGUUACCGCUCGCCUGGUCUAUCUUGAGUAUCUCCAGCGCCAUCAGCGUCGCACUCCUUAUAACCUCCUUCCCGGGGGCGAGAACCAAGACUACAACUGCGACAAUGUCCAUCCCCAUCUCUACGCUGCGCCAGCUGCUCAGGGGACCCUUCCAGCGAAAGUCUACGGUCAAGCGUACUCCGACCCAUCUAACCCAUUCUUGACUACAUACGUCAAUGGAUCUUGCCAGUAUCCGCAGCUCACGAUCGGAGGCCUUCUAGAUGGCUACCAACACGGUCGCGAUCUCCGCGCCGUCUACGGAGACCAGCUUGGUCUAAUUCCCGACUCGCCCGACGGAAAGGUCUGGUUCCGCUCUAGCUCCUCCGCCCUAACCCAAGGCUCUGCGGGCGGUGUCCUCCGCGGAAUCUUUCCCGAGCACUCCGGACCAAUCCCGCUCCACCAACAGGCCUCUGGGAUCGACACCGUCGACCGCGGGUUUUCCUGUUCCGCUCGGGACACGCUGCUCUCAUCCAUCCAAUCCACCGCAGAAUGGAAUGAGCAUCUAUCCGUCACUGAGCCACUGCGCACACGCUUAUCUACUAUGUUUAACGCUACUGACUCUUGGACUUCUACGUUCGACCACUUUGCCGACAACUUCCAGGCCCGCCUGUGUAACGGCUACGAACUGCCAUGUCGCGUGCAGGAUGGAUCUGACUGCGUGACAACCGAGCAGGCAAAUGAGGUUUUCCGCGCCGGCGAUUGGGAAUGGAACUACUGGUGGCGGACCAACGCGAAUGCCACGCAAUACAUCCAACUCGUCGAAGGUCUCUUCAUCGGAGAAAUUGUGCGAAAAUUGGAAGCCGUUCAGCAGGGCAAAUCCGACCUAGUAUAUAGCCAUAAUUUCGUGCAUGAUGGCGAUAUUGGUCCUAUUCUCGGUGCGUUGGGAAUCAGAUCGCUCCGCUGGCCGGGAAUGGCAUCGAAUAUUGCUAUUGAGAUUUGGGAGACUUCCGAAGAAAAGCUCUAUGCUAGAGUUCUAUACAGCGGAUCCGCGAUUGAGACUAUUCAUGGGACCUUGGAUUGGAUCCCGUUGCCUGCGUUGAUCAAUAUCCUGAAGCCGUUCAUCCCAGAUGAUAUCAUCUCGAUGUGCAACUCCAGCUGA